AUGGGUAGCACGGAUCAAAGUUUGCGAGCCUGGUGGAAAGAGAGCUCGGUGUAUCAAGUGUACCCUGCAUCUUACCAAGAUUCCACUGGCUCUGGCGUUGGAGACCUGAAGGGCAUCAUCUCUCGAGUUGAUUACCUCAAAGACUUGGGGGUCGAUAUCGUAUGGCUUUCACCAAUCUUCAAGAGCCCCCAGGUUGAUAUGGGGUAUGAUAUCAGCGACUAUUACACAAUCGACCCUCCAUAUGGUGAUGUCUCAGAUGUUGAUGUCCUCAAGGACAAGCUCCAUGAACGAGGCAUGAAGCUCGUUCUCGACCUGGUCAUGAAUCAUACUAGCGAUCAGCAUGAGUGGUUCAGGGAGUCUCGAAAGUCCAAGGACAACCCUUAUCGUGAUUGGUAUAUCUGGAAGCCUGCAAAGUACGACUCCGAAGGGAACAGACACCCUCCCAACAACUGGGAUGCUCAUUUCCAAGGAAGUGCCUGGGAGUACGACGAAACCACAGAUGAAUAUUAUCUCUGCCUCUUCUGCAAACAACAGCCAGAUCUUAACUGGGAGAACCCGGCAGUCAGAAAACAAGUUCACGAUGUCAUGCGCUUUUGGCUCGACAGAGGCACCGAUGGGUUCCGCAUGGAUGUCAUCAACUUUGUCAGUAAGGACCAGGCCUUCCCCGACUCCGACAAGACUGUACUUCGUGGUCAUGAAUUUUAUGCUUGUGGCCCCCGAUGCCACGAGUUUCUCAAAGAGAUUGGUGCUAUUCUGCAAGAGUACGAUGCUUUCAGCGUGGGCGAGAUGCCCUGUGUGCAUGAUGAGCGCGAGUUGAUUAAGGCUGUUCGUGGUGACCGGGGAGAGUUGAGCAUGAUUUUCCACUUUGAGUUGAUGGAUCUUGAUCAUGGCGUCGGCGGCAAGUUCACACCUAGAUCCUGGGACCUUUCUGAGCUCAAAUCUACCACUCUCAAGUGGCAGAAGUUCAUGUACGACAAUGAAGGCUGGAACGCCCUUUACUUGGAGAACCAUGACCAACCACGGGCUGUCAGCCGCUUUGUUCACGAUGACACUGAGCAUCGGGUGGACAGUGCGAAGCUUAUCGCCAUCUUCCUGGGUUUCCAGUCGGGCACCCCCUUUAUUUACCAAGGACAGGAGAUUGGGAUGACCAAUGUCCCUAGGGACUGGGACUUGGAAGAGUACAAGGACCUUGACUGCCUUCGACAUUGGGACCUUCACAGAAACGAUGAUGAGGCAGCUCAAAACUCCUACAAGGUUGAGUAUCAGAAGAAGUCUCGUGACAAUGCCCGAACUCCCAUGCAAUGGGACGCAAGCCCCAACGCUGGCUUUACUACUGCAGAUGUUAAGCCCUGGAUGAGAGUCAACGAUAACUAUAAGGAAAUCAACGCUGCAUCCCAGACUUCAGACCCCAACUCUGUGUACAGCUGCUAUCGCAAAGUCCUGCAGAGACGAAAGGAGUUCCUGGACAUAUUUGUAUAUGGAAACUUCCAACUCGUUGACGAGUCCAACGAGAAGGUCUUUGCAUACUCACGAACGGCUGACAACGGAGAGACCGCUCUCAUCGUAUGUAACUUCACAACUGAUACAGUUGCGUGGUCUUUGCCCGGCAAGACGCGAGAGGUGCUGGUCAGCUCUGCUGGAAGAACAAUUGAUGAGUUAAACAGUGGGGAGACCAAACUGGCACCUUGCGAGGCCUUCGCAGUCCUGCUCGAAUAG